AUGGUCCGCCUCGCAGUUUUCGCAGUUUUCGCAUCUGCUCUCUUGGGUGCUGUCAGUGCCGCGCCUGUUCGCAGGGCCGCAUUUGCGCUACAGAGCUAUGCGCAGUUUCAGAUCUCUGACGGCACUGCAGGCAAUGCUGCUGCACAGGCCAACGCUGUCUUCGUUGACCCUUUCAAGAACGUUGACCUGACCACCGUCGACUCCACCACGAUCGACAAUUUGAACACGAUGCGUGAAGCUGCUGAGUCUGCCGAGACCGAUCAGUUUAACUCUCAAAUUGCCGCUGCGUCUGGUGCUGCGGCCACUGCACUUCAGAAUGGCAAGAUCAAGAACAAGGUCUUGAAACUGACGGGCGAAGUCCAGGUUUUGAACAUCAAGAUCGCUCAGGCUAAGGCCGCGGGUAAAAGCACAACUUCUUUGGCUAGUGAUUUGGCUGCUGAGACGAAGAAAUUGAACAACAACAUCGCGACGGACAAGAAGAACGCCGGUCAGGCUUCCAAAGGCGUCGCAUGA